CCGCCCUCUUCCCCCCCGAGCCGGUUAAGGUGGCAGUUGCCAGCUCACCGGGGUCGGUUUCGUUGCAGGUGUUUCGGGGUCUGGCCCGAAGGCGCCAAGUAAACAACGAUGGAGUAUAUGACAGAACCCGCUGAUCGCAGCCCCGGACACAUCUUGUGCUGUGAGUGUGGUGUCCCGAUUAGUCCAAAUCCUGCCAAUAUUUGUGUGGCUUGUUUGCGCAGUAAAGUAGACAUCAGCCAAGGAAUUCCGAAACAGGUCUCAGUUUCUUUCUGCAAACAAUGUCAGAGAUAUUUUCAGCCCCCAGGAGCUUGGAUACAAUGUGCUUUAGAAUCCAAAGAACUUCUUGCUUUGUGUUUGAAAAAAAUCAAAGCCCCUCUGAGUAAGGUACGGCUUGUGGAUGCUGGCUUUGUGUGGACUGAACCCCACUCUAAGAGACUUAAAGUUAAACUGACUAUUCAGAAAGAGGUGAUGAAUGGUGCCAUACUUCAGCAAGUGUUUGUGGUGGAUUAUGUCGUUCAGUCCCAAAUGUGUGGAGAUUGUCAUAGAGUAGAAGCUAAGGAUUUCUGGAAGGCUGUGAUUCAAGUCAGGCAAAAGACUUUGCACAAAAAAACUUUCUACUAUCUGGAACAGUUGAUUCUGAAAUAUGGAAUGCAUCAGAAUACACUUCGGAUCAAAGAGAUUCAUGAUGGUCUGGAUUUCUAUUAUUCCUCAAAACAACAUGCUCAGAAGAUGGUGGAAUUUCUUCAGUGUACAGUGCCUUGUAGAUACAAAGCAUCACAAAGACUGAUCUCUCAGGAUAUUCAUAGUAACACAUACAAUUACAAAAGCACUUUUUCUGUGGAAAUUGUCCCAAUAUGCAAGGAUAAUGUUGUCUGUCUGUCUCCAAAACUGGCUCAAAGCCUGGGAAAUAUGAACCAGAUCUGUGUGUGUAUUCGGGUAACAAGUGCCAUCCAUCUGAUAGACCCAAACACCCUACAAGUUGCAGAUAUUGAUGGGAGCACUUUCUGGAGUCACCCUUUCAAUAGUUUAUGCCACCCCAAACAGCUGGAGGAGUUUAUUGUGAUGGAAUGCAGUAUAGUCCAAAACCUAAAACGCAGUGCAGGUGCUGGGAUGAUAUCCAAAAAGCAUACCCUCGGGGAAGUCUGGGUGCAGAAGACAUCUGAAAUGAGUACAGAUAAACAGUAUUUUUGUCGCACCCACUUGGGACAUCUUCUAAAUCCUGGAGACCUGGUAUUGGGGUUUGAUUUGGCCAACUGUAACUUAAAUGAUGAGCACGUCAACAAAAUGAAUUCAGAUAGAGUUCCAGACGUGGUAUUGAUCAAGAAGAGCUAUGACCGCACUAAACGUCAGCGUCGCAGAAACUGGAAACUGAAAGAGCUCGCGAGAGACAGGGAAAACAUGGACACAGAUGAUGAAAGGCAAUACCAAGAUUUCCUGGAAGAUCUUGAAGAAGAUGAGGCCAUUAGAAAAAAUGUCAACAUUUACAGAGAUUCAUCUAUUCCUGUGGAGAGUGAUACAGAUGAUGAAGGAGCACCCCGAAUUAGUCUGGCUGAGAUGCUGGAAGACCUUCAUAUUUCCCAGGAUGCCACCGGUGAAGAAGGUGCAUCAAUGAUGACAUAACGAGGUCAUGUUGUUGUAGCCUGUUUCUGUCCUUGAGCUCAGGAAGUUGGACAAAACAACCUUUACAUCUGUUCCAUCUAUGCCUCCAUACUGCAAGAGGAGAAAUUUAGUUUUAAACACGAAUGAAUAUGAUUUUCGAUUGCUCACUCAAAGCAGUGAGAAAGAUGAUGGCUUUGAAAUUGUAAAUAAUAAAAGUUUGCAGAGAAUGUAAUUAUUGCUGAUAUUUAGGCCAUUUAAUAUAUAAAUUUUAUCACUUGCUUUUUUCUGUGACACUAGUAUUUUUAUAUACUAUAGGGCUGGAUUUAAAAAUCUCAAGUUGUGAUAACUUGAAUAUUAACUUCAAGCAUAAAACAAGCUUUUACAUUCUUUUCAUGUUAAUUGAUUGAGUAAAAGAUAAUAUGAAGAGCUAUUUUUAAGUCCUUGAGGUUAGAAAAUGGGAGCUUGCCUCACCACUGGACAUUCAGGGGGAAAGUUAAUAGUUUUUAUUACUUUGUAAAAUUAAUAUCCUCCCAAACUGUUUAAACUGGGUGUUACCAUAAAGAGAAAUAUAUUUAAAAUAUUUAUAGAUAUGUAACAAACAUAGAUUAGUUACUUAAAGGUUCUUUUGCUACUUUGCCUGUACUACAGUUCAGGACAGUUAGCUACAUAUGUCAUAAAAAUGUCUUCCUUUCACAAUAGGGAUUUUACUUUGAAAAUUUUGCUUUAUAGAUUGAGAAGGAAGGAAUUCUCUCUGUAUAACUUUCUGUCAUUGAACAUAUCACCAUCAAAAAGAAUAAAUACUAGAUUCUGGCAUGUAGAUGAACUAAUAAAAAUGAGGUACAUGUUGUAUAAAACUGAAUCAGGCUUGAAUAAGAAAUGCUUUUUACAUCCUUAAAAGAAGAACCUGGGUUUGGGUUUUAUUUAUUUAUUCAUUUUAAAACCUGUAGCACCUACUGUUCUCAUGCAGUCUCCCAUUCAAGUACUAAGGAAGUCUAACCCUUGUUCUCUUCCAAGAUCAGAUGAAUUAGAGCACAUUCAGUGGUCUUGCAUUUUAAAGCGUUCUGAGAACAAAGCAUUAAGAUCUUUUUUCUGUAAGCAAGAUUAGACUUGGUAACUAUUCCAGAAGGAGAUGCUAAUUCAUAAGUUUUCUGUAGCCUCUAAAAGAGACAGAGAAAGUGCUGAAUGAAACAUUUUCCCUUUUUUAAGAUUGGACUCCCCAAUUUUGAGUUUAUUAAUAAAGGUCUGAACUUUC